AUUUUAACAAGGGUAUUAACUCUCAUCGCCACCUUUUUUUUCACACGACACAACACCAACCAUGUCCAGACCAAUGCUGCUCCGCACGUUGGUGCCGGCAUUGCGCCGCCCUCUGUAUGCACCCUCUCGGCUGUUCCAUGCGUGCACUGCUCUCCAUGCAUCCGCUGCAUCCCCCGCCGUUGCCGUUGAAUCCAAAAGCGCGUCCUCCAGCGUUAAUGACAGUCAAGUACUGACGCUUCUAGAGCACUCUAUCACCCAGCGCCUUCCCACGCAGGCAUUGAGCCACUUGGCUCAGCUUCAGACACCUCCAGGUGCAACGCUACUGCAGAGAUUGGCGGUGCUGCUGGCUCGACAGAAGAAGAGCCGGGGCCAUGCGUUGCGAUCCUUCGAGAUACUUCGCGGAGUGUACCGUGCACCAGGUUUAAAGCCCGACGACUACACCAAACUGGCGUCCAUUUACGUCAUGGAUGCGUGCUUACGCUUCCGAAUGCUGGACCACGCAAAGGAGCUGUACGACGAGGCUGCGAACCAAGCUGUGGUGCUGGACUUGCCGGCGUAUGAUGGACUGCUGAGGGCAUUACUGGAUGCCAAGAGGGUGGAGGAGGCCACGGAGGUUCUCAGAGAAGUCGUGAAUGGGGAGGACGUGUGUCCCAUGGAGCAGACUUUCUUGCCUGUGCUGGUGGAGCUGGUGAAGAGCCGGGAGUACGACGACGCGACGGAGCUCAUGAGGCAGGGACAGACACGAGGGGUGGACUUCACAAGCGAAACUUUCCACCCACUGCUGGUGUUGGCAGAAAAAGACACGGCGUCGACAGACUCGCUUAUCAAGUUCCUAUCAUUUGUUGAGGACGCGUGGGAGGAGUACAAGGAUUUUGAUCCCGAGGAAGACUUGGACGAUCCGGAAAACCCCUUCCGUAGUCUCUAAAAAUAUGCAAAGAUGUGUUGCUUUUUGCUGGCAAUAUAUGCUCGAAACGAGCGAUUUCGAACGAAACUGUGCUGUUUAUUGCAGAAUCCUAGACGAUACACUUGGACCGGAGUUAAAUCUCGAAGACGAGCCACUUCUAGCGCCUGGUACAAGACGACCGAUCUUGGGGACCGCACGAUUGGCUAUCCCCGGUUUCCUGACCUCUGGUACUGAACGCUGUGGAGCUGAGUUGUUGUUGCAGUUGUUACUGGGUGUUUUCGGUCUCCGAUUAAGCGACUUGCUCUCAAGACACCCGACUCGUGCUUGGAGCUUCGAGAUUGCUCCUUCGUAUAACGCCUCCAUCUGCUGGAUCUAUACACGAUAAACAGUCAUGAAGAUCAGCUUAACCAGUAUGUUAUCUCUCUUAGUGACACGUUAAAUCUGCAUACCGC